AACUCGGCCACACAGGUUCUCCGUCCUCAGUCUUCGCUCGCCAGUGUUAGCAAGUAGUGGCUAAAAAUACGUUCUGAAAGUGGAAGGAUGGCACUGAACAGGCUACAGGAUGCUCCACAGGCUCAAGGUUCUGAUGCAGAAGCAUCAACAGUGGUGAACCUAGUGGAGACUGACUCAACACCAGGGGGUGUCCAGCUGGUUAACCCUUACCGAACCAACAAAGUGGAUUGCAUGGACUUGGUUGAGCUUGCACAAGAAAUCCAGAAGGCUGACAAAUUUGUUCAUGCCAAUGUGAGCAAUAAGCUCCAAGUCAUAGCUGAACAAGUGAGAUUCCUUCAAGAUCAGGCCCGAAGAGUCCUGGAAGAAGCUAAAGAAAAUGCUGACCUUCACCAUGUGCCUUGCAACUUGGUUAAGAAACCAGGAACAAUCUACCAUCUCUAUAGAAGGUCAUCUGGACAGCGAUAUUUGUCACUGCUGAGCCCUCAGGAGUGGGGUAGCACCUGCCCCCAUGAGUUUUUGGGAAGUUACCGUCUUGAGCAUGAUCAUUCUUGGACCCCAGAACACAAAAUGGAAGCCAGAUCCAACGACCAGCAAAUGAUCAACAAGAUCUUGACCUGUUCUAAUACUUUAUCGAUAACCAUGGGAGAUAAAUGAAACAUUUAAGGACAUGUUUUUGAGCUUUUCUUGUAUGCAUACUUGUGUUAUAUUAAUUUUAUGAAAUUCAGUUAUGUACAGUGUUGGUAAACCUCUAGUACUAUAUACUAACUUUUUUGUAUGUAAUUUCUGAUAACUUUUAAUCCUUUUUUAAAAAGUUGCAACUGUAUGAGGUUUAUCAAAAUUAUGUGUAUAUUUUGCUGAAUCUUCUUUGUUUAAAGGAAAGAGUUUUCCCAAAUGAUACUUAUACUGUUUAAAGGAAAGAGUUUUCCCAAAUGAUACUUAUACUGGUAACAGUAAUUGGUGAAACAUGUUGGGAAAAUCUUCAUUUGAUUAUCCACUGUGUGGGUAUGGAAGAGGGUAUUUACAUUUUCUUCUUGCUCAAGACUUUUGUUUGAGAAAGUCAUACUUUUAUUGAUUUAUGAUGUACCAAGAAGUUAUGAGCGAUUUUUACAUAUUUUGUUAAUGUACCAGGAGUUAAGUAAAAGCAAUAUUGCUUACUUGAUCUUAUCUACUUAACCCAUUUUUGAAUUUUUGGAAAGUAAAGGUAAUUUAUAUUGCUAUUAUCAACUUGAUUAUAAUGAAAUGUUAACUUUUUAAAAUCCAAAUAAU